CCUCAAUCCGCCAACGGAAGCCCAGGGUCGGGGGAGGCAACCUUUUGUUAUCCCGCUCCUGAACGGCACCAACUCCCGGUCUCACUUCCUGUGCCAGAGGGCAUGGACCGUGUCGUGUAGUGUGGGACUUGUGUUCGAUCCCCGGUUCCUUUGAGGAGCGCCAACUCAACGCCGCUCGGAGGGAACCAUAUCUGGUCAAAGUAUUCGGCGCUGCUGCUGUCACCCGGCCGGACCGUCCGGCUAUAAAUAGCGCCGGUGGAGGUUUUAUUCUUUCCCUCCCAGUGAAUGUGGGGUUUCUGCAGCCGCUGAGCCAACAUAUUGUCUUUCUCAUUUGAAGGAUUUUACUGAGGUGUGUUCCAUCAUGUCGGUGCUGAGGAAGGAGAUGGAGAAGUACAGAGACGUCGACGAGGACGAGCUGCUCAUGAAGCUCUCUGAAGAAGAGCUGCAGCGGUUAGAAAAUGAACUGGAGGAGUUGGACCCCGACAAUGCACUCUUGCCUGCUGGGAUGCGUCAGAAGGAUCAGACCAAGAAAUUACCCACAGGACAGUUUCAAAGAGGCAACCUGCUGGCUCAUCUGGAGAAACAAGCCAACGAACACCAAGACAGAGAAGACCUGGUGCCUUUCACAGGAGAGAAGAGAGGAAAGGCCUGGGUGCCUAAAAAGAUUGUCGACCCCAUCAUGGAGAAUGUGACCCUGGAGCCCGAGCUUGAAGAAGCUCUUGCCAGCGCUACUGAUGCCGAACUUUGUGAUAUAGCAGCCAUCCUGGGCAUGCACACGCUGAUGAGUAACCAGCAGUACUACGAAGCUCUGGCGAGCAGCAACAUCGUGAACAAGCAAGGCCUUAACAGCGUGAUCCAGUCCACUCAGUACAAACCAGUGCCUGAUGAGGAGCCCAAUUCAACUGACGUGGAGGACACUCUCAUGAGGGUAAAAAGGAAUGAUCCAGAGCUUGUGGAGGUCAACCUCAACAACAUCAAGAACAUUCCCAUCCCGACUUUAAAGGCGUACGCUGAAGCUCUGAUCAAGAACACGGUGGUGGAGAGGUUCAGUAUCGUUGGGACUCGAAGCAACGACCCAGUAGCAUUUGCACUGGCUGAGAUGCUCAAGGUUAACACAACACUAAAGAGCCUGAAUGUUGAGUCCAACUUCAUAACAGGGACUGGAAUCCUGGCUCUCAUUAAAUCGCUACAGUUCAACAGAACCCUACUAGAGCUCAAAAUUGACAAUCAGAGUCAGCCGUUAGGCAACAAGGUGGAGAUGGAGAUAGCCAGCAUGUUGGAGAAAAACACCACACUCUUGAGGUUCGGCUACCAUUUCACCCAGCAGGGCCCGCGCCUCAGAGGCUCCAACGCCAUGAUGAACAACAAUGACCUUGCCCGUGUUGUCAGGUCAGAGUCUGAUGGCUCCUUCACCCUCACUUUGUCUGUCCCUGAGCUGGAACGGGCCUUUGGGAAAAAGUUCAAGUCAAAGACUAAUGAGAAAGAGAAGGCUUGAAGGAGGACCCAUCCUCCCCAAGUGUCGGACAAAUGUGUAGAAACCGCCCCCGACCCUCCAUCACCCUGCUGGUUUGUUUUUUUGCCUUCCACCUGCCAUUUAAAAACAACAACAAAAAAACACUUCCCGACAGCCUCUACAGACCGCCUUGAACAUCAUCUCUUGGUUAUGCAAGUGCAAUUCAGGGUUCAGAGAAAAUACUUUUUGGACUUUUUAAGAAGGUGGAUAGUAAAGGAUGAAACCAGUGUAGUCCGCAGUAUCCACGCGUGCAUCCAAUGCAUGCGAAAAGAGAUGAUUCGUUUUUCAAUCAAUCAAAGUUUAUUUAUAUAGCCCUUAAUCACAAGUGUCUCAAAGGGCUGCACAAGGCACAACGACAUCCUCGGCUCAGAUCCCACAUCAGGGCAAGAAAAAACUCAACCCAAUGGGUUUUUGAAUGUUUAUGUGCUGGGAUGGAAACUAACCGCACAGUGCUGCCAUCUAGCGUCCUUUACUAGCAACUGCAGUGCCUUGACUCCUUGGACUGUUUGUGAUUGACGAUGGCUUCACAUUUUGAACAGUCACAUUUGGCAAUCCGUGUUUCUACUGUUGUGUUGAAUUAUCAUUAUUAGUCGUACGAUUGUUUUGCUGUAAAUGACGUGUUCUGAUGUUGUUCUUCACAUCUUUCUGCAAGUUUUACACUGUUUGUCCCAUCCAUAGCCAAAACCAAAGUGUCAGACCGCAAGAUAUUUAGUUUAUGACAUCCAAGAAUUAUGCCGUUUCUAACAGGCACCCAACAGUAACAAAUAUAUGACACUUAUUUGCCAUGUCACCAAAAAUGUGGAUGAUUUGGCAGAUAAUUUAACAUAAAUUCACCUGCACUGAUUUGGUUUUAGUAUCAACAUUGCGCUGCACCCGUCCUUCAAUGUUCACCAUGUGGCCCUCGCUGUAUUCAUUUUGGCCAUUUCUGGGUUCAGUGGCAGUUGUAGCUCAGUAUGUAAAAGUUAAAAAAAAGUACCACUGAUAGUCACACACACACUAGGUGUGGUGAAAUUACCCUCUGCAUUUGGCCCAUCCCCUUGUUCCACCCCCUGGGCGGUGAGGGGAGCAGUAAGCAGCAGCGGUGGCCGCACACAGGAAUCAUUUUGGUGAUUGAAGGCCAAUUCCAACCCUUACAGUCAGGGUACCCACACAACACACUAGGGGUGUUAAUUCCCAACUAAAAUCCAAGCCAAAAGUUUGGACACACCUUCUCAUUCAAUGCCAUCCAUCCAUCCAUCUUCUUCCGCUUAUCCGAGGUCGGGUCGCGGGGGCAGCAGCCUAAGGAGAGAAGCCCAGACUUCCCUCUCCCCAGCCACUUCGUCCAACUCUUCCCGGGGGACCCCGAGGCGUUCCCAGGCCAGCCGGGAGACAUAGUCUUCCCAACGUUUCCUGGGUCUUCCCCGUGGCCUCCUACCGGUCGGACGUGCUCUAAACACCUCCCCAGGGAGGCAUUCGGGUGGCAUCCUGACCAGAUGCCCGAACCACCUCAUCUGGCUCCUCUCGAUGUGGAGGAACAGCGGCUUUACUUCUCACCCUAUCUCUAAGGGAGAGCCCCGCCACCCGGCGGAGGAAACUCAUUUCGGCCGCAUGUACCCGUGAUCUUGUCCUUUCGGUCAUAACCCAAAGCUCAUGACCAUAGGUGAGGAUGGGAACGUAGAUAGACCGGUAAAUUGAGAGCUUUGCCUUCCGGCUCAGCGCCUUCUUCAUCACAAUGGAUUGAUACAGCGUCCGCAUUACUGAAUACGCCGCACCGAUCCGCCUGUCGAUCUCACGAUCCACUCUUCCCUCAUUCGUGAACAAGACUCUGAGGUACUUGAACUCCUCCACUUGGGGCAGGGUCUCCUCUCCAACCUGGAGAUGGCACUCAACCCUUUUCCGGACGAGAAAUUCAAUUAAUUCAGUGUGUUUUCUUUAUUUUCAUGACUAUUUACAUUGUAGAUUGUCACUGAAGGCAUCAAAACUAUGAACAUGCGGAGUUAUGUACUUAACAAAAAAAAAAGGUGAAAUAACCGAAAACAUGUUUUAUAUUUUAGUUUCUUCAAAAUAGCCUCCCUUUGCUCUGAUUACUGUUUUGCACACUCUUGGCAUUCUCGCGAUGAGCUUCAAGAGGUAGUCACCUGAAAUGGUUUUCACUUCACAGGCGUCAUAGUUUUGAUGCCUUCAGUGACAAUCUACAAUGUAAAUAGUCAUGAAAAUAAAGAAAACGCAUUGAAAUGAGAAGGUGUGUCCAAACUUUUGGCCUCUACUGUAUGUUUUAUUCUUUUUUAAUUUUACAAUACAAAUAUUGAGAGAGCUGAAAUUGAACGUUAUGUAUCACUUUUCUCGGACGCUCCUACAAAGUUGUGUAUUUUUCCUUUUCUUCUCUUACCCCAUCUUGGCUCCCAAAUUCUGAUGCCGUGUGUGUGUGUGUGAAAACAUAAAGAGCUUAAGCCACCAACUUUAGUUGAACACACACAAUUAUACACUUUUGUCGCUCUAAACCAGUUAAAUCCCAGCAAACAUCUCUCUUUUGAAAGCCUCUCCGGGAUUUCUGCAAUGUUGUGACGGCACUAAUUCUAAUUUGAAUGUGUCUCCACAUCACGUCUUUGUUUAAAUUGACAGAUAUGUCGACUUGCCCCUGAGCAAACGCCGACCCAUAUCUAUAACUGUCUGGGUUAGGUCACUUUGAACUUUCCCAAACAACUUCUAAUCAAAACAAAUAUUACAAGUAACUUGUAUUGCUUUAAUCAGGUGACAUUGUUGACUUAUGUUUAAGUCUAACCCCUUGCCUGGUAUUUUUUCUUUUUUGUUUAUAGAGUGUUGAUCCUUAAUGCAGCACCUCUACAUUUUCAUCUUUUUUUAUUUACUUGAUCUUACAAAAAUGAUCUUAUACGACAGCUGGCAGCUAAUCACACACAAACAUGGAAUUCUGAUCAGGAAGAUUCACGGUAUUAAGCUAAGGUUUUAAUAAAUGAAGUUCAGCUUUUGAAGAAGUUUAAUUGGAUACUGCAAGUUCUUUAUUUCACCAAAUGACUAAGUAGAUAACAUAGACAUAGACUUAGACAAACUUUAAUGAUCCACAAGGGAAAUUGUUCCACACAGUAGCUCAGUUACAAAGGAGGGAAAGUGUAAGGAUGGAAAGGACAAUGCAGGUAUAAAAUAGACUAAAAAUGUACCAUAGUAGCAAUAUAACAUAUAUGUAAUAUUUACAUAAUAUAUGUACAGUAUAUGAUAUAUACUGAUAUAUUAUAUGUUUAUAUCAUAUAUACAAUAUAUAACAAUUACCAUGUACAAUAUUACAGUAUAUGUAACAGCUGCAGCAUAAAAUAGAGAGGAACAUCAGGAAUUUAUUAGGAUAAGGAGGGAAUAGCAGCUGCAAUCGUGCAGGAAAUUGAACGCGCUAAUAGCUGCUAACAGGACACAUUUACAUUUUUCACUAACAUACAGGGAUGAGAAUCUCAUUUUUGGUGACAUUUAAAGAAAAACGUUGUGACUGCUGAGCAAAUAUGAAUUACGGAUGUAAACAUUUGUUAUUUAACUGAGUGACACUUGCAGCGUUUGUGUUUCCACAUGUUCUUCCCAUCUGCAUCCUUUUUAUAGCAUCAUAGGAUUUGAUUAAAGACGUGUGUUAGAUAGUUCACAUCUUUUGGUUUGGUUUUUGAAAUA